AUGCCGGGCUUCCCUUGGCUGGCGCUGGUUUCCGCCGCGCUGGCAGAGUUGCAGGACGCCGAUCGGGCCUUGCUCAAGGAGCUACGGCAGCUCUCGGACCUUCGCCGCCCCUGGCCUUGGCCAAAGGGGGACCCGGUCCAUACGCCCGGAGAAGAGGACUGGCUCGACCUGGAGCAACUUUGGAAGCGCGGGGAGGGAAGGCACCUGCAAAGCAACAGGAGCCGAACUGCAGCGCGGGCUCGGCACGUCCACGCCCUGGAGUGGCUUGUGCGCGUCCACUGGGACCACCCACGACGGCAGGAGCU